AUGGGUGCCCUCAAGACGCCCGAAUGGCGCAAGCUGCCGUUGAGCCUCACCGAGCUCUGCAUCGACACCACGCUGCGUUGUGGGCAGUCUUUCAGAUGGCGCAAGCUCAACGAUGAAUGGCAUUGUACACAUCACGGCAGGAUUGUGUCCCUGAGGCAGGACGCAGACCAUCUGCAUUACCGUGCCACCUGGCCAAAGACUGCCCCUGUUCCCUUAACACCUCCAGCUUCAUCCACAGGUGUGAGCACGCCGGAAGAGCAGCCAGCCGAUGAUACAGAAGCCCUGCUGAAGAACUACUUCAACCUGCAUCAUGACCUGGCUUUGCUGUACAAGCAAUGGGCAGACGCGGACCCAAACUUUCGGAAACGCGCACCCAAGUUCACGGGUGUCCGCAUGCUGAACCAGGAUGCAUGGGAGGCCCUCAUCGGAUUCAUAUGCAGCAGCAACAACAACAUCUCGAGGAUAUCGCAGAUGGUCCACAAGCUCUGCCUCCACUACGGGCCCUACAUCGGGACCGUUGGCGAGGAGGUCUUCCACGAUUUUCCCACCCCAGCCGCGCUCACAGCUCCAGGGGUCGAGGCUCACCUCCGUGAACUAGGAUUUGGAUACAGGGCUCGCUAUAUAGCCCAGACGGCCCAGAAUAUCUCCAAGGAAAGACCGGAAGGAUGGCUACUGAGCCUGCGAAACCCGGCCAGCAUUGCUUGGGGCGCAACACCGGGGAAGACGUGGACGGAUGACGAAGCACCGACAUACAAACGAGCUCACGAGCAGCUGCUCCAGCUCACCGGCGUUGGACCCAAGGUCGCCGACUGUGUCUGCCUCAUGGGCCUGGGCUGGGGCGAGGCUGUCCCCGUAGACACCCAUGUCUGGCAGAUCGCAAUGCGCGAUUACAAGUUUGGAGGAAAGAGCAAAAAUAAGACGCUCACGAAGGCCCUGUACGAUGCUGUCGGGGACCAUUUCAGGGACCUCUGGGGCAGCCAAGCCGGUUGGGCCCACUCAGUGCUGUUCACGGCUGACCUGAGGACCUUCUCGGACCGGCUGGUUGAGAAGGCCCCAGAGGAAGACAGCACCGCUGAUAUGGCGGUCAAAGUAGAGACGAAGGAUGAUGUCGCCUUCGUCACUCCCAUCACUACGCCAUCAAGGAAGCGGAAGAGCGUAGUAGUAGCUGAGACUGUGAAGGUGGAAGCAGAGGACAAAGCUACGUUACAACCAGCCGGGACGAGGAGGAGCAAGAGGAGGAGAGCAUGA